GAUUAAUCAACGCGACACGUCAAUAAGUUAUCUUAUCGAGUACUGAGCUGUUAGCCACCCGACAAGCAGUACCACCAUGGCAGCCGCUAGGUGUGUACUGACUGUGGCACUUAUAGGCGCUCUGGUUUCAGCCCAAGUUCUCAGAGUACCGCUGAAGAAACACAAAACCAACGCCUCAAACUCGACCAGGAUCUCAGAAGUGAAGGUAGACGAGCAAGCUCUCGUCUCCCUGGCGAGAGGAUACAAGGAUGGUUUCAUCUCAGUACAGUUGGACCUGUCUCCUGAGGGUCGUUCCUGGGAUCCAACAGGAAGUUUCGCUUCCCAACAAGUCGAUUCCGAUGUUCUGCUGCACAACAAUAAAGAUAUUUACUACUACGGACCAAUCUCCAUAGGGACACCACCUCAGCACUUCGAAGUAGUCUACGAUUCCGGCUCUAAUGAUCUCUGGGUUCCGUCCAGUCAAUGCGGCAUGUUCAAUCUUCCUUGUUGGCAGAGCAACAAAUAUGAGAGUCGCGUCUCCACGACAUACAGCAAGUCUGGACGAGUGUUUGACAUCACAUAUGGAACAGGCUACGUAUUCGGAUACACUUCUAGGGAUGUAAUCACUAUUGGUGGCGUGAGCAUACAACGCCAAAUCUUCGGGGAAGUGGUGGAACAACCAAGCAAGGCUUUCGUGGAUACUAUGUUUGAUGGUAUUAUGGGACUCGGUACCCCGCUAUCACCUCCCCGAGAAGGAGGUUCUACAGUGCUGCAGAGUAUGGUGGAUCAGCGUGUCAUCUCCUCCAGAGUCUUCUGCGUCUACCUCAACAAGAACAGCUCGGCAGACACCAACGCUGAAGUGACUUUUGGGGGAUGUCUGGAUAACCUCCAUCAGGGACAGUUCUCCUUCGCCCCCGUCGUCUACACCAGCCGCUGGAUGGUCGCCAUGAACAGUAUCGGUGGUACAUACAAGGAACAACCACGACUAUUUCUGCCCAAUCUGAACAUGGCGACUCUCAUAGACUCCGGGACCACCUUGAUCCUGCUUCCCAAGGACGUGUACAACAUCGUUACAGCGUGGAUGUACAAGACGGGGGUGUUUAAUGAACAAGGUUUGGUAAAUUGUUCCACUACUGACAACCUGCCAACCAUCUCCUUCACAAUCGGAGGUCAAGCCUACCCUCUAAAGGGAAGUGAUUAUGUUAUACAACUAGACGACUCCACAGGGGCGAAGGUAUGCGUCGUAGGUAUGGACUACUGGAGUAUCAACUGGGCCAUCCUCGGGGACGUGUUCAUGCGCCGAUACUACACAAUGUUCGAUGGCGACAACAUGCGCAUUGGCUUCGCUACAGCUGUCUGAAUCAUACCUUAUCUCCAAAUCCAACUUCUGGUUAUGAGUUCUCAACAUCAUAAAUGCUGAGAUUGUAGAACGUGAAAAAUCAAACAUCUCGAAAUUCUCGAGUAUAGAUGUUUUUGUUUCAUAAUCCUAUUUCAAAGUUGUCUUUUAACUUAUGAUAAAACAAUUAGGACUAUAAAUUAAUAUAGAAGAUUAAUUAUUUUCUAAUCAAUAAUUCAUAUGUGUGGAACUAUCAGGCAUAACUAAAAGAAAAUUUAUUUUUGGACUAAAAUGACUAUUUAUUACUAACUAGCAGUUACCCGCGGUUUCGCCCGCAGUUUCGUAGGCUCUAAAUCUAUAUAAGCACUUCUUGUAUUAGUCAAGAACUAAGUACAAUUUAGUAGGCGUUGCACGAUAAUGACCACUGUUGGUUCCAGUUACUUAUAUUUCCGACACCAAUUUUGGAUUUCCCUUCUUCCCACGAUCAAAAAAAUAUGUUAAAUUGUAUAUUUAUGGUAAUUUCUAUUUACUUCAAAGCUAGUAUAUUUUGUUCCAUAAGUGAUUUUACCUCUUUCCUGACCAAGAAAAUAUAUGCAAACACUGCACUGAGAAGCUCACUUUUGUCAAAAUACAACUAAUUUAGGUUUCAUAACAGUCUUUAAAUGUAAAGUGAAUUUUUGAAUACAUUGUCUCGUAUGCAAUUUACUGAAAUUUACUUUGACGUCAGUAUGUUUUGAUUCAUACUUGAUUUUACCUUGUUUCCUGAUCAAUAUAUAUAUAUGAGUUUUUUUUAGUUUUUUGUUCACUGAAAAAUGUUGUAAAAUUUUAGAGUUGGAAUUGGUACAAAAAGUAAAGCACAGUCCAGCAAACUUCCAUAGUUCUUGCCGACUGCUUCAAAGGGAGUAUUCAGUGUCAAAUUCUGACCAUGCUGUUUUACGGCAUUUUAUAAAGUAGGUGAGUACUUAUCUAAUCUCAGAAAUUUAAAACUGCGUUAGAAUUCAUUGUUAUUAUUUAGACAAUGUACCCCUGAACUGAACCGUGAAAGAAGGUGUGGUUCCCAUUAGAGCAGCUUCUGAAACAAAUGUCCCAACGACUGCUGAAGAACAAAGCAUCAGUUUAUUACAGCAUACACUUUAGUGCGGGGGGAUAAUGGUACAAAAUGUAAAAUAAAUUAAAAAUAAUAAACGAGGUUACACAUAAGCAUGUUGAUUACAUGAUACAUGCUUUUUUUAAUUAUUAUUUCACAUCUUUAGAGGCUAAGAUGGGAUAUUUCACUACUUUAAAGAUCAAUGGGGCGUAGCCCAAAGGGAUUUUCUAAACAGAAAUAUGCCUAUAUUCAUCCCUUAGACCGUAAGAUCGUACAUGUAAAUUUUCAGUACCAUCGGUUGAACAGUUCACGCGUGAAAGCAAAACAAAAAAUGCACUUUUGCAUUUAUAAUAUUAGUGUGAUUAUCCACUUUCGUAGAUAUACACUUUAAUGUUCAUAAAAUUAUGGACUAUGUUAAAAAUUCCAGUAAUGAAUCAGAUCGAUUUAUUACAACCAAAUUUGCAUGUUUAUAUAACAUAAUUAAUAAGUACAAAGUUUUGUAGAUUGUUUACUAUUGUAACGUAUUUUGACUAUAUGAAAUAUAAACAUUGUAUUUUAAUUA